CCGCGAUCUUCCAACUCGGAGCGCAGGAGACUUCUUCCCUCUCCCCAGCCUUGCCCGCCUCCCGUCCACCACAGGGACUACGCCCCCGCCCCGCAGCCGGCCACGACCACCUAUCUCGCGCCCUGUCCCGCCCGAUGGAAGCCACCAACCCGAUCAAGGAGGCGUAUGCCUACCUUCGGUACCAGGCCAACAACUUCUUCCUCCCGGCGUACGUCCUCUGUGCCGAGGCCCUGUGGCAGUUCGAUUCCUUUGAGGAGGCCAGUGAGUGCCUGGCCUUUGCCCAGGCAACAGCCAUUCGCCGGCCGGAGGUCGUGCAGCUGCCACCGGCCGAGGAUGGCCCAAAUGGCCCGUACGCCGGAGACCGGUACACGCCAGCUGGGCUGAUCCAAAAUGCCCCGGUCGUGGAGCGCCUUGCGCUUUUGGUGCGGACGCACCGGCAACAUACUGGCCCGGCGUCUGCCGCCCUGCUGGAUGCCGUGGCGGGGCUCACGCCGGACGCGCGCGACGCCUUUCCCCUGCGCCCCAGCCCGGACCAACUGCAGGCGUCUCGCCGCCAGGCGCAGAUCCGCCUGACGCAGAGCCUGGCCCACUGCUUUGCCUUCAUCGGCCCCAGCUCCACCGCCAGUGGUCGUCGUCGGCCGGCCGCCGCCGCUCCGAUGUCCAGUAGCUCUCGCCCGGGCGACGGCGCUCCCGCCACCAACCGCCUCGGGCUCCGGCCGAUCCUCACGGCCAAGCGCCUGCGCACCAUCGCCCCCGCCUCCACCCAGACAAGCAUCCUUUCCUUUGCCCGCCCGGCGGCCGUCGAAUCCCCGGAUGCCGAUCCCCAGGCUGCUGGAGGCAGUGAGGUGGGCGAGGACACGGCUGUUUCUCCAUCCUUGGCCUUGGCUCCGGGGGGAUCGAACUACCUGGAUCAACUGACCUCGGAAACGAUCCUGCAGAUUGCCGCCUGGCUGUCGACCAGCGACCGGCAGAAUUUGGUCCGCGCGUAUCCCCAGUUUGAGCAGCUGAUUGAGGGGCACUUUUCCGAUCCGCGAUUCUUCUGCUUCAACGAUGAGCGCUCCAAGGCCAUCUUCCGGCAAAAGAGCAACUGGAUCCAGCGGGUCUCCAUCCCGAACACCAUUACACGCAUCUCCCUGUCCAACACCAUUGGCAAGUGGGUCCUCCAGUGUCUCCAGGCCAGCCGGCCGAAUCUCGUUCAUCUGGAAGAAAUCGAUGUGUCUGACCUGCGCGCCACGGAGCUCGAGCUCGGUGACAUUUUGCUCCGGCUUGUCCGGACGUCAGGCUCCCCGAACGGGAAGCUGCGCGUGCUGAACGCCAAUAACACCGAUCUCUCGCUGAGUGUGCUCAGUGAGCUGGCCACUGCCGCCGGCGGCAGUCUCACCAAGCUAUCCAUCCGGCGUUGCCCGAUCAUCUUCUCCACUCUCGAGGUGGACGACCGGUGGCAUCACAUUCGCAAGUCGGGCUUCCUGCGCAAUCUCCGGGAUCUGGACGUGUCAUCCAACAACAACGCCAAAGAUGGGCAUCUGCAGAACUUCUUGCGACCCUACCGCCAGGAAGACGGGACCCUCAUCAGCCACCUCGAGCGCCUGGUAAUCUUCCAGUGCUUUCGGAUAUCACUUCGGGUGCUCCUUUGGUUUGCCCUCCCCCAGUGUCAGUACAGUCUGCAAGAGGUGUGCAUCACGCCAAAGGACAGCAUGACCAAUUCCCCGCCGCUGGAGGACCUCUCCGAUGUCAUCGCCUGCACGCAGAACACCCUCUCCCAGAUUUGGAUCAGCUGUUGCCUGGCUGCCAAUCCCAGCCUCCUGCAAGCCAUCGGCACCUACCUUGGACCACGGGUGAAUUUGACCGGGGUUGUCUCGGCCAACAGCUCCCCGACAUCCAUCCCUCGGCCGUUGGACUCCACCGGCAUGCCUUUCUUCAAGUUCCUCUCGGUUCUGGCCCUUCAAAAUGCCCGGUUCUGCAACGAUGAAACGCUGCCGGUGCUGGCUCCGGCCUUGCAUCUCCUGACUAAGCUCAUCAUCAAUGAUGCCACCUUCACGAAGGUCGGCCUCCGGCGUACCAUCCUCGAUGUCCAUCGACACGCCGUGCAAACGAUGGAGCGUCUCCAGCAUAUGGACAUGGUCAACAUGCGUGGGCUGCCCCGGUCGGAUAUCCACGCCAAGGGGUUUGUCCUCUUCCCGAAUCUCGAGCAGCUGGAUUUCAAAUCGUGCGCCGGGUUCUGUGACGAGUCCAUGCAUUUGAUGUUCGGGUUGACCCUGGCUGAGGAUGGUCAACGUUUGCCGAUUAUUCCCGGCCUGGCGACCAACGGCCACAACUCGCCCCUGCCCCAGCUGGUGGAUGUCAAUCUCAACCAGACCCCCAUCACCAUGGCCGGGGUCCGGGUGUUGGCCUCGCGUCAACGCAGCUGUCUCCAGCGCCUGGCGCUGAUGUUUCUACACCCCUGUUCCGACCCCACACGCACGAUUAGCAUUGAUCGCGUUCGCUCGGCCGUCGGCCCUGGCUGCAAGAUCCUGCUCGACAAUGUUGACGACGACGACUGACCGACACUGUUGGGAGACCAAUCCUGCGAAAUAGAGGACAAGGAGGUAGCCUUCGAACAUUCAAG